AUGGAACCAUACGGAAAGCAGUCGGACACUGUUGACUGGGGAGCAGAGGUAGACUACUCUGGCUAUGAGUGGUUCAAAGAUCCGCCGCCACGGCCCGAGGCUCAGGCAACACAGCCCAACAUGGACAACUAUGUCCCCCAACCGGGCGUCAUCGCUCAAAACGAGACUUUCGACUUCGCCUUGAAGAGCGCACCGAAUGUUCUCUAUGGUCGCUUCAAGCAGUUCGGCCAGCUCGGGGUCCUCGCCUGGUGCUCAGAGUUUGGCGAGCUUAUCGACGCCCUCAAGCUGCUCGGCUUCGAGGGCAACAUGUUCGUCUCCACCCGUACACAGGCGCUCAGGACGUGCGAGGAGAUCCUCCGCCUCAAGCUCGACCUCGAGAUGCAGAUCAUUGUGAUGUAUCUCUCCUCGCAGGUCGCGCGCCUCCGCCGCUUCCUCGACGCGGAGCAGCAGUGGGACGACUACCCGAAGCCCGCGUUCCCGCUCGACUACACCGAUUACCAGCGCGAGAGGUGA